GAGUGGAGGGGGUGCCACUACGGCGACGUUAUCAUCCCCCCCGCGGGCUUCGCGGGCAGUGUUCCUGCUCGUGGAGUCGUUCCCCUGGCUGAUGGGUCGGCGAUCUUCGUGGAGUGGGUCACGCUUGAGGACGAGGGGAGUUUCGCGGAUAGGGCUGUGGCUCCCGAUUGCCGCCUGCUGCUCGUUCGAGUCGAUCGCACGGGUCGCCCUUUCCGCACGCUGGAGAACAUCGUCGAGAGCUGCCGCCAGGAGUCCUUGCCCGACUUCAUCGCGCCCAGGACAGCCUUGUGGUGCCUCGAGCACCUGGCUGGCGAGGGCCGCUCCUUGGAGGCGCACUUCGAGCAUUUCAAGAAGCUGUUGGGCAUGGAGGAGUACGCCAACGUUGUCAACUAUCUCAAGGCCCUCUUGCACCACGAUCAGGUGGACGCCUCGAACAUCCUGUCGGUCGAGAUGAUGUUUCGCCGCCUGCAGACGAUAGAGAACUGCUGCAGCGACUAG